UGCUGCUUAUUAAUUAUUUGAGACAAUCCCUAGCCCCUGUUUAGCUGUAUCCGGAUGGACCAGGAAGCUGCAAGUUCACUAUAUUAGGAGGAAGCAUACCUUACGAGAUGGGGUGUGGGGCCAGUCGAGCCGCGCAAGUAGCUGCUGCGACGCUAACCAUUAUCCCGCGUGUUGAAAAGGAGUACGAUGAUGGCAGCUUAGAAUGCGUACAGCUCAGGCGACUAGGCAUUAGUGCCUACGACCAGUUCUUCAGCGACUUCGAGGUCACAGUUAACCGCGUGAUUGACCUUAGCAAUGCCUUACAGGACGCGGUUCAGGACGUGAAGGCCUCUCUCGCUCAGGCUGCCUCCUUGGAUCCAGCACACGCUUUGGAGCUGGAAGUAACCACUGAUGGCGUCCGCAGCGUUCCUCAACUGCUGCUUACCGUCUCACAUGCCGAUGAUAGCAGCCGUCCAUUGCCUUUGGAACUAAGGCACUUACUAGCCAGUCGGCCCGCUGCGGCAGAAGCCGACCAGGCUCUUGCUGAAGCCACGGACGCCUUGACCACAGCCCUCCAAUCCCACGCAAACAGCUUUCCUGUGCGGCUGUCGUACGACCAAGCCAAGCAACACCUCCACCUGCACCCGGCGCCGGGAUCCCUGCCUCCCCUGCAUCAGCGCCUGAUGGGUGGCCGAAUGAGCAGCAUCACAGGCGGUUGCAGCGUCAGCAACGGUAACGAUAACGGUAACUGUACCAACAUCGCCAGCCCCAGGAGCAGUUGCAACGGCAGCGGCACCCCGCUGAUGCGGGUUCUGCAUCAGCUCACAGAUCGGGUCAACGAAGCCAUCGCUGCAUUGCACCGAGCGGCCCCCGGGCUGCGGAUACGCGCGCGUGUGCUGCCCCCGCAGGUCCCCGGGGCGCCCACCUUUGCCUGGAGGCUGCUGCUGCUCAGACAGGAAUCCGCAGCGCCAAGCGAAACAACAACACAUACUACCGCAACAAUAACAACAACAACAGCAGCCCGGUUAGUUGCUCCUGUACGUAAAGAGCUCGCCGGGCCCCUCCACGUCGCCAGCUUGUACGGUUCCGACGACGUGCUAGACGCCGCCUCCACCGUCGCAGAGCUCGCCGUCGCCGUUGGCGCCGCUACCGCCGCUCUCCCCGCCGUACGGCUGCACACCCAGGCAGGCCGACGUCUAGUGGCUGUGACGUCGUCGCCACCGCCGCCUCCAGCACCUCCGCCCGCGGCAACAUCAUCAACAACAACAACAGCAGCAGCAGCUGUAGCACCGACGGAAGCGGCUGACUCAGCUGCAGCGACAGCUACAGCCGCAACUGAUGAGCCCAUGCAGGGUUGCUCCAGGGGCAGCAGUACGGCAGGCCACGGAGGAGUUGUAACGCCGCGAAACAGCGGCCCUCCGUCGCAGCUGUCCGGUGCCUCCACCUCCUCCGUCGCCCCCGACGCCGGGGCUCAAGCUGAGGAGGCGGCGGCGGUGCUACGCCGCGCCGUCAGCAGCGCUAAUCACGCAGUCUUCCGGUUGCGGAAAUGCGCUGCCGCCGCCGCCUCUUCUGUAGCUGCCAGCAGCACUCCUUCCGUUCCCGCCGGCGCUGCGUCUCGCAACGCAUCAAGCAACCAAGGCCACGACAUCGCUGACGUAAUUGCGGAAGCUGUACGGCACGUGGUCGACGCCGCCAUUCGUACGGCACGCCAGGCGGCUGCUGACGUGGCCCACGUCAGCGACCAGCGAGUCCACGGCGGCGAGUCGUUAUCGGUCGCUGACAUCAUGCGGGUUUUGGAUCCAGGGCUCACGGCGGCGAUGGUUUCGGAUCCUGAGUACGGCAGCGGUGGCGGCGGUGACGGUUGUACGGAGGAGUUGACGUCGUACGGCUGUGACUGGAACUGGGAGUGGCGUGUUGAGCCUGGAGUGGGGGGCUUGGCGUUCCCUGGGUGUCUACCAGCUCGGGUCUGGACGCUGUACGACACCGUGAAUGCCGCCGUGACAUCUGCCCGCGUGGCCUCCGCCGCGCUGCCCCGCAUGCAGCGGGAGCUAGGGGCGGCGGUGGGGGCGGCGGAGGAGGUGUUUUCUGCCAAUGAGGAGCGGCUGAGGGCGCAGGAGGGCGGUGGAGGGCUGAUGGCUGCUGGCAGGCUGCGGGCGGCUCUGGACCGUAACGCCAACACCAUCGCCGCCAGUCCCGCGCUGGUGGCCCCCCUGCUUGCGGCGGUGCAGUGGGUGAGGUCGGGGCUGCAGCGGGCUGCGGAGGAGGUGCGGGAGGCGCACGGGUUGGGGGGCGCGGUGAUGGGGGCCGGGAG